UUAAUUCAUUCGCAUUCCCCAUAAUCUUCUAUUCUUUAUUUUUGAAUCUUAUCUCGAAUUCUAAUUUUUUUUAAUAAAUAAAUAAGUCUUUGAAAAAAUGUUGAAACCAAAAGCACUCACACAAGUUCUAAGCCAGGCGAAUACGGGUGGAGUAGAAAACACUUUGCUUCUGAGUCAAGAAGGGGCUUUGUUAGCAUAUUCCGGAUACGGAGAUCGCGAUGCUAGGGUAACAGCUGCAAUAGCCAGCAAUAUAUGGGCAGCAUAUGAAAAACAUGGACGAAACGCAUUUCGGGAAGACCAUUUGACUUUUGUUCUGUUGGACUGCGAGAGUGGUCAUGUUGCCAUAACUCAAGUUGCCAGCAUCUUACUUUGCUUGUAUGCCAAAGAGACUGUCGGGUUGGGACUUCUAAAACAAAAGGCCAUGGCUUUGGCAGCUUACCUGGAAGGACCUUUAAAGCAAAUAGCAACCUCUUGAUUGUUCUAGAAACUUUCUUUCUUAUCGUUUAAAAUUGAUAUUGUUCCAUUGUAUUUAAAAUUAAAACAAAUAUUCGCUUAUAAGUGUAA